AGAUUCUUUUGCUUUUGCCUUUUGUCUCUCACUCUCAACUCUCAACUCUCAACAACCACCACCCUAGUUCACAUAGGCCAACACAACACAGCACGUAGAGAUUGUAUUCUACUAGGAUUCUAUUUCUUGUUGUAUCUUCCGAUUCCUGCCGUACUUGUGGGGGCAAACGUCCAGAACUCCUCAUCUCAGGUAAUCCAGGUAUUGAAGUAGUAAAGGUCAAAUGGAGUACCCACAGGCACAAACUGGACAAGUUCCUAUGGAGACCAAUUUGCAAGAGAAUCAACAUUGGCCACUUUCAGGGAAGCCAUAUUUUGAUAUCGUUCUUGCAAAAUCACAUGUCAAACCCUUGUAUCAAAUGGGGGUUCCGGCAAAAUUGCAUUCAAUAAUUCCUUCUCUUGUGGUCCCCACAGUUCUGACUUACUGUGGCAAGAACUGGGAGAUGUCAUGUAAUGGCACACAACGUACUCAUAAAAAGUUUGAUUCUGGAUGGAGAGCAUUCAUAAAUGACAACAAUCUCAAGGUUGGAGAUGCAUGUGUUUUUGAGCUCAUAGAGCGCUCCAGUAAAAAACUUGUUUUCAGAGUUCAAAUUCUUAGAGGUGACAUCCCACCUGAAUUUCAAGGCAAGGUCAGUUCUGAGGGGGAGAGUUCAAACACUCCUAUUGUUAUUGAAUAGUAUCUCUCAUUAAUGCCUUUUCCUGUGUUUUGUUAAUCUCCUGAACAACACUACUUGCUAGGAAAUCACUCGUGUCCAGAGCUCCACUAGAAUCUAUAAACUGGUGUAUUUAGAUUUUAAUGUUACUAGUUGUUAAUGUUACAUGAAGUUUUCGUUUUGGGGCAUCUGCUGUAUGCUUACUGGGAUUGUUUUUGGAAAAAAUAUUUCUUUCUUUAGUGAAAUAUCUUUUAGUCUUUCAGAUUA